CUGUAAAGCCAACUAUGCAGCGAAGCACACAGCCUACUCCGCAGCCAACUCCGACGCAUUCGACAGCCCCUCGACUAACAGGAACAACGGAGCCGGCAACGACUACGCAGCUUACGGCUACCACAGUGCAAGCUAGAGUGACAACGACUGCACCUUACGUCCCUCCGAUGGCUGCUCCUCUCAUCUGCGUGUUCGGACGCCGGACGAGCCCAGUCGACGGUCUAUCCCGAAGACGGGCUGUGUGACUACACGUUCUUCGACUCGUUAGAAACCAGCGGCGGCAACUCCUCGAGCGGCCUUCGCGGCCGAACGAUCGUUGCCUACACGACGCAGUUCGAGAGCUUCCUCACGGCUGCCUCUAAGUGCGAGAAGACGCAAUUCGGCGUCGGAUUUGACUCUACAAAAUAUGCAGAACUGCGAGUGCUUCCAACGCACCCGAGCACGCGUCAAAAUCUGGACGACCUGUGGAACCGCAAGAUCUUCCACUUCGGCUUCUUGAAUGUGGAUGCUUUCAAGCACAACGAAGCAGACUUGGAAGGCAUGCUGCGUGCGCUCAAGGAGAUAGCGUCCUGGCAGAGCACUAAGCGGACUUCGCAGCACCAGGCGUACACCCUGAUCGCUUCAGCAUUUAGGAUGACGGCCGGCGCAGAUUCGAUAGCGCAGAAACUCCGGGAUGUCUACACGCCUGACAUUGUCGUCACCAAGGCGCACUAUUACGGUGAAGACAAGACUUCCGAGGACUGCCUAAUUGUCCCUCCAACAAUCAUGUUCGUUCCGAGCGGGCAUCCUUACUUCUACAGCAUGAGCACGGCACACGAAAGCGUGCGACUGGUUACGCAAAAGUGGUCUCGACGCGAGCAUGGCCGUGUCGGUGACCAUGUCCGGCCGCUGGUACAAGCCACGCUACCCGGACCCGCAAGUGACCGACCGACCUGGAAACUACUCCUUGCUCAGUGCUUGUACUGACAUGCCAGAUGACCAGA